AUGGCAUCCCUGCUGCAAGGUUGGCUGACCACCGAUCAGGACCUGCUACUGAUGCAGGAAGGCAUGCUGAUGCGCAAGGUGAGGUCCAAAAACUGGAAGAAGCUAAGAUACUUCAGACUUCAGAACGACGGCAUGACAGUCUGGCAUGCGCGACAGGCCGGGGGCAGUGCCAAGCCCAGCUUUUCAAUCUCUGAUGUGGAGACAGUGCGAAAGGGCCAUGAUUCUGAGUUGCUGCGCAGCCUGGCAGAGGAGUUCCCCCUGGAGCAGGGCUUCACCAUUGUCUUCCAUGGCCGCCGCUCCAACCUGGACCUGGUAGCCAACAGUGUUGAGGAGGCCCAGAUCUGGAAGCGAGGGCUCCAGCUGUUGGUGGACCUUGUCAUCAGCAUGGACCAACAGGAGCGGCUGGACCAACCUGGAUGGCUGAAUGACUGGUUCCAACGUGGAGACAAAAACCAGGAUGGUCGGAUGAGUUUCCAAGAAGUUCAGCGGUUACUACACCUGAUGAAUGUGGAAAUGGAUCAAGAACAUGCCUUUAGUCUUUUUCAGGCAGCAGACAUAUCCCAGUCUGGGACUCUGGAAGGAGAUGAAUUCGUACAGUUCUAUAAGGCAUUGACUAAGCGUACUGAGGUGCAAGAACUAUUUGAAAGCUUUUCAGCUGAUGGGCAGAAGCUAACCCUGCUGGAAUUUGUGGAUUUCCUCCGAGAGGAGCAGAAAGAAAGAGACCGUGCUUCUGACCUUGCUCUGGAACUCAUUGACCGCCAUGAGCCUUCAGACAGCGGCAAACUGCGGCAUGUGCUGAGCUUGGAUGGCUUUCUUAGCUACCUCUGCUCAAAAGAUGGAGACAUCUGCAACCCGGCCUGCCUCCCCAUCUACCAGGAUAUGACUCAACCCCUGAGCCACUACUUCAUCAACUCCUCUCACAACACUUACCUAAUGGGAGACCAGCUUCGUGGCCAGAGCAGCCUUGAGGGAUAUAUACGGGCCCUGAAGCGGGGUUGCCGCUGUGUGGAGGUGGAUAUAUGGGAUGGACCUAGUGGUGAACCCAUCGUUUACCAUGGACAUACCCUGACCUCCCGCAUCCUGUUCAAAGAUGUCGUGGCCACAGUAGCACAAUAUGCCUUCCAGACAUCAGACUACCCAGUCAUCUUGUCUCUGGAGAACCACUGCAGCUGGGAGCAGCAGCAGACCAUGGCACGCCAUCUGACUGAGAUCCUGGGGGAGCAGCUGCUGAGCACCACCUUGGAUGGGCUGCUGCCCAAUCAGCUGCCUUCACCUGAGGAGCUACGGAGGAAGAUCCUGGUGAAGGGGAAAAGGUCAAGCACGUUUGAGGAGGAUCUUGAGGAAGAGCAGGAGACAGAAUCUGAGCUGGAGAGACAGCAGGAGUCAGAGCUGGAGCUUGAGUCCCAGUCUGAGAUUGAGCCUUUGCCUGAGCCUGAGCCCCAGGAACUCAGCCCUUCAAGUAAGGACAAAAAGAAGACACCCACGUCCAUCUUGUGUCCAGACCUCUCUGCCCUGGUUGUCUACUUGAAGUCUGUUUCAUUCCGCAGCUUCACUCAUUCAAAGAAGCACCACUACUUCUAUGAGAUAUCAUCCUUCUCUGAAACCAAGGCCAAGAGCCUUGUCAAGGAGGCUGGCAAUGAGUUUGUGCAGCACAAUGUCAGGCAGUUAAGCCGCGUGUAUCCCAGUGGCCUGAGGACAGACUCAUCCAACUACAACCCCCAGGAACUCUGGAAUGCUGGCUGCCAGAUGGUGGCUAUGAAUAUGCAGACUGCGGGGCCUGAAAUGGACAUCUGUGAUGGGCUCUUCCGCCAAAACGGUGGCUGUGGCUAUGUGCUGAAGCCAGACUUCCUGCGUGAUGCCCAGAGUUCCUUCCACCCUGAGAGGCCCAUCAGCCCUUUCAAGGCCCAGACCCUCUUAAUCCAGGUAAUCAGUGGUCAGCAACUCCCCAAAGUGGACCAGACCAAAGAGGGGUCCAUCGUGGAUCCACUGGUGAAAGUGCAGAUCUUUGGGGUCCGUCCAGACACAACCCGGCAAGAGACCAACUAUGUGGAGAACAACGGUUUUAAUCCAUACUGGGGGCAGACACUGUGCUUCCGGGUCUUGGUGCCUGAACUCGCCAUGCUGCGUUUUGUGGUAGAGGAUUAUGACUGGAAAUCCCGAAAUGACUUUAUUGGUCAGUACACCCUGCCUUGGACCUGCAUGCAACAAGGUUACCGCCACAUACACCUGCUCUCCAAGGAUGGCAUCAGCCUCCACCCAGCUUCCAUCUUCGUGUACAUCUGUAUCCGGGAAGACCUGGAGGAGAGUGAAUCCUGAGGUGGGCACUUCAAGGGAAAGAUGGGUGUGCUGGCUUUUGCUGGUGAGAAAAACCUAUAAGGAUGCUCCAGAGAGAGCAAACGGAGGUGAUGAAAAACAAGUUUUGGAUUGUGCAUCCCUAGGCACAAAAUUACCUGUUCCUCCCUAACAAGCAAAUCUAGGACCUAAUUUUUCACCUUCUCUUCUCUUCCCUUUUUUUCACAAGCCUUUAGUACCU